AUGGACGGGCUGUCAGGGCCUGCGAGCGUCAUCGCCAUCGUUUCCCUCACCAUCCAGCUCGCUGAUAGCAUCAACAAGCUGUGUGGUCUCUUCAGCUCGAUCCGCAAUGCUCCAGAAGAUAUCAAAUCCAUAUUGAAAGACCUGCAGGUUCUGGAAACCGUGCGGAAAAGUAUACAGCACAACCAAGAGCUAUACGGCCCACACCAAGAAGUAGCAGCUGCCUUGCAAGGGUGUCAUCAGGAACUUCUGGCCCUGCAAGCCAUUGUCGAUGAUCUUGCGCCCGGGUUCGCCAUGCGGAACAGUUUUCAAAGAAAAUGGAAUGCAAUACGGAGUGUCUCGAAAAGCGAAAAGAUGAAGGAUUUCCGCGCGAGAUUACAGGAAGCUAAGACCACAUUAAUAUUGGCACUGCAGAGUUCUCUGAGGUAG